AUGCCCUUGCAUUUCAAAGUUUGCUGCUUUCAUUUCAGUGCUUUGCCCAUACGACGAUUAUUCUUACUCUCCGUUGGGCGCAAGGCUGAAAAUGAGGAGGGCGAGCAGAUGGCCCGACUAACGGAGCGAGUACAAGAGCUGGAGGAAGAAAAACAACGUCUGUCACACGAUCUGCAACGAGCAACGACGCAAACCCGUGAGUUGGAGGCGCGCAUCGCCGCCUCGGAUCAUGAUAUGCAAGAACUCGAGCGAAAGCUGAUCAAGGAGCGCGAGACGGCCGACUAUUGUCGCACCCAGGCCGAUGACUUGGCCAAGCAGCUGCAGUCUCGGGAUGAACAGAGCGAGUCCAGCAAAGCCGAAUUACGCGCCCAACAUGCCGCCAAGCUCGCUGCCCUUGAGGCCGAUCUUACGGCUGCGCAUGAGCAGAUUGAGGAGCUGCAACAACAAAAUGAAGCAACAAAUGCUGAAUUGGCGCAAAAAGCAGCAGAGGCCGCACGCCUUCAUGAGGCACACGCUGCCGCUGAAGCGCGCUUGGCAACGACAAUUGACCAGAUGGCUACCCUGGAACGCCGUCAUGAGCGAUUACAGAGCUUUGUCCGAGCCGCCACUACGACGUUGAUCCGCGCACACGCCAAAUCCGGGGAUGAGCUCCGCGCACAGCUAGCGGCAAGCGAGACUCGAGCCACCAAAGCCGAGGCUUUGUUGGCCACCCAGCAGCACGAGCAAGACACUCGAGACCAGCAACGCAGCAAGGAUGCCAACCUGAUUAAGGAGCUUCGCAAGCAACUGGCUCGUGAGCAACGAAAACAAGACUCGGCGUCGAUGGUCACAACUACCUCAUCACGCACGAGUAGCCCCAAGACUGCGCGGCGGUCGAUGCAUCGCCGGUCCAUCAGCCAAGUAUCAGAAACGAGUCAAGCCACACUUCGCUCGUUUGAAACAGACAACUCCUCCGAGGCAGCCAAGGUUGUCAUUACACACGAAGAACAAGAGGCCCUACUCGACCGAAUGACUGCACUGCAAACGGACAAGGCAGAGACGGAAGACCGGAUUGGUUGCUUACUCGUGAAUAUUUGGCUGGGUAUGCAGCUGCGCCGGUCGCUGCGCAAGCUUCAACAACUCGAGGCGCAGUUGGCAAAAAAGAGCACAUUGCUUGAUACCUUUGCUUUAACAGGCGAGGCCACGACGAGCGCUGCACCGAGCUCCAGCAAGGCUGCCAAGACCAACGUCGCCGCUCUACAGUGCGUGCCCUGUCUGCUGCUGGCAUCAUGUCAUCCCGGGUGGUCGUGCCGUAUGAGUCACGGGCGUCACCAUUCGAGGCCGUGCGCUCACUUCCGGACCUUUCGAAAAGACAGCCAAGCUACAACUCAAUGCAUCGUUUGCUCGCCUGCCUAUUUCUCCCUUUCCGAAUCUGACAGGAUGGCCAAUCAGAAGAUGCAGCAGCUCGAGGACGAUCUUGCGCGUACAACUUGCCCGUUGAUGCAGACAACAGUAAGAAUGGCAUCACCAGUGCACCCUGGGUAUGCUCCGCCGCCGCCACCACCAUCAGCCCACCUCAAACAUGGCCAGGAUGAGAACCAAGGUGCAGACCCAUGUCUCACCAGCGCCGCGCCGGCGGGUCAUCGCGCAUCGCGGGCGAUGCGCCUCCGGCGCUUGAGUGUGAACAAGCCAAAGCCCGACUACACCCCACCAACUGCACCUACGCGCAGUCAGUCAGCGUCUGGCGCUGUAAAUCGGCAGGGCGCAUUUUCUGCUGCCAUGGGCCGCCGUGCCAAUUCGGUGGCUGUCCCUGGCAGCACGCACAAGCAGCACGCCACACAAGUGAUCAUCCACCAUGGCAAGAUCGCCCAGCCCGACGUUCGGCAAAAAGUAACAGACUCACACCGCCGAAUCAUUGCCCAGGCUGCCAAGGCAAGGAUUGACCGUGCCUGUUGA